AUGGCAGCGCCAGCGGCGUUGGCCGCGGGUGGCGCCAUGACGGCCGGCGGCGCCAUCACCGUGGCCAGUGCCAUCGUCAUCUUUGUGGCCAUCUCCAUCGGAUUCAAACGUAGGGGGGCAUGUACCGCUUCGACGCGUGGGACGGCGAAAGCCACGGCGCCCUGCCGCGGCCGCCGUGGCGACGGGACGGCGGGUUCGAAUGGUGCCACCCGGACUCGGGGCGUCGACCCGGAGCUGCUGCGCUCCCUGCCCGUCACGGUGUACGUGUACCGCGCCGCUGUGCCGGGUUCCAAGGUGGACGCGGAGCUCGAGGACGGCGAGGAGGCGCGGUUCUUGCCCUGCUGUGGCCACGGCUUCCACGCCGAGUGCGUCGACAUGUGGCUGGCGUCCCACACUACCUGCCCGCUCUGCCGGCUCACCGUCUCCAAGCCCGACCCCGACUCGUCUCAAACCCCAACGCCAGCCUCGGCUCUUCGUCCGCUCCCUCCAGAGCCGGCGAACCUGCCCAGGAGUGUGCUUCUCGGGGUCUCCGACCAGGGCGCGGUCACCGCGGUGAACAUGACCAGCGACGACGGAGAUGACACGACCGCUUCGGCUUCCACUGCCGCUGCGCCCGUUCCGGUGAUCGAGAUUCCUGAGUUGGCGCCCGUGCCGACGCCGACCCCGCGCGACGCGGCCAAGUCGUCGCCGGUCUCAGCGAGGCCGAGGUCGUUUCGGAGGCUGUGGAGCUUCGGAAGGCAAGGCCCGAGCUCGAGCUCCUCCUGCACCUGCGGCGGCGCCGGCGAAGUAGCCGACGUGGAGCAGGGCAUCAGCGUUACCGUCGGCAUGGCCGUCGCGGAAGCGCAGCUGCCAUCAGAGGCCACGCGGCCGGUGCGGCCCAGGGAUCUGCUGUGUAGCGACGGACCCCCGGACGUGCGUCAGGCCGACUAA